AUGUUGCCCAAAAACCAUUUAGUGACUGACCUUCUGACUCGCUCGGAACAUGAGAGGUUAUUGCAUGCUGACACAAUAACAACAUUGGCGAACAUGAGACUGGGGUAUUGGCCUACUGGCGGACGAAACGCAAUAAAACGAAUCAUUCAUAGGUGUGUGAAAUGCGCUAGAUUCAGAGCAGCCAGUACUGAACAAUUAAUGGGAAGCUUGCCUAAGGAUAGGGUCACUGCCUAUCGACCUUUUCAAGUGGUAGGUGUUGAUUUCGCAGAUCCAAUUGAAUUAAGAUCUAAUAGAUUAAUAAUGGCUCCGCGCAUUAAGGCAUAUAUUUGUUUGUUGGUUUGUAUAGCCACUAAGGCAAUUCAUAUUGAGUUGGUGACGAGUCUUUCUACAGAAGCCUUCAUGUCAGCUUUGCGACUCUUUAUUGCACGACGCGGUUGUUGCUACGUGAUCCAUAGUGACAAUGGGAGAAACUUUGUUGGUGCCAAAAAUGAGUUACGGCAACUAGCCACAUUGUUUCAAUCUGAGAUGUCCAAACAAGAGAUCAUUUCGUCGUCUGCUCGGUUGGGAAUAACGUGGCAAUUCAUACCCUCUCAUGCACCCCAUUUUGGAGGUUUAUGGGAGGGAUCUAUGAAAGUGAUGAAGCAUUACAUUCGUAGGGUUAUCGGGUCGCACUGUCUCACGUUUGAAGAGUACAUGACAGUAUUGCUACAGAUCGAAGCAGUACUUAAUUCAAGACCACUUCUUACCCUCACAGAUGAUAGCUCCGACAUAUCUUAUAUUAGCCUCGGUCAUUUUUUGAUUGGUAACGCCUUAACAUCUUUUCCAGAACCAUAUAACGAUAUUGUAAAUGUCAAGGCAACUAAAUUGUUUAAGCAAAUAGCAGAGAUGAAAGCAGAGAUAAGUUCUGGUCUUUAUGGUCGAAACAAUAUUUGUCAGACCUACAAAAAAGACAAAAGUGGUCAAAAGAACGACCAAAUAUUGAAUUAA